AUGGCGUCCGACAGAGAUAUCCUCCCAGCUUGGGCUAAGCCUACGCACUACGCGCUCUCCCUCCACGACAUCGAGUUCGGCGGCAAGUUUGGUUACAAGGGCACACUCACUAUAACCACCAAGAUUGACAAGAGCGAUGGCUUCAGUGAUCUCGUUCUCAACGCCCACCAGCUGAAGGUCCACAGCGCCGAGUUGAAGGCUGGCGAUGCCACCAAGUCGGCGAAGGACAUCUCAUACGAUGAGAAGCGCCAGCGCGUUACACUGGACUUCGGGGAGAAGAUAAACUACUCUGGAGAGGCUACUCUGGAAAUCAAGUUCGAGGGCACAAUCAACAAUCUGACGAAGGUCAUGGCAGGUUUCUACCGCUCCAAGUAUACACCCAAGGGUGAAGUCCCGGCAUCUGUCGCAAAAGAUGACGAGUUCCACUACAUGUUCAGCACUCAAUUUGAGUCCUGCGAUGCGCGCCGCGCGUUCCCCUGCUUCGACGAGCCGAACCUAAAGGCAACCUUUGAUGUUGAGAUCGAGGUACCAAAAGACCAAACUGCUCUCAGCAACAUGCCGGAGAAGGAAAUCAAGUCCAGCAAGCGUGACGGCUUCCACACUGUCGUCUUCGAGCGCACACCUAUCAUGUCGACAUACCUUUUGGCGUGGGCCAUUGGCGACUUUGAGUACGUCGAGGCCUUCACUGAGCGCAAGUACAACGGCAAGAAUAUUCCAGUUCGCGUAUACACGACAAAGGGCUUGAAGGAACAGGGUCGCUUUGCGUUGGACAACUGCCACAAGAUUGUCGACUACUUCUCAGAGGUCUUCCAGAUCGACUACCCUCUUCCCAAGGUUGAUCUGCUGGCUGUGCAUGAAUUUUCACACGGCGCUAUGGAGAAUUGGGGUCUCAUCACCUACCGCUAUCGCAACAGGGUCGCAUACGUCGUUGCCCACGAGCUUGCUCAUCAAUGGUUCGGUAACCUUGUCACCAUGGAUUGGUGGAGUGAGUUGUGGCUCAACGAGGGCUUCGCCACUUGGGUCGGCUGGCUUGCCAUUGAUCACUUGUACCCUGACUGGAACGUCUGGGGACAGUUUGUCACUGAUUCCGUUCAACAAGCCUUUGCACUUGAUGCUCUCCGAACUUCUCAUCCCAUUGAAGUACCCGUAUACGAUGGCCUCGAGGUCGAUCAGAUCUUCGACCAUAUCAGCUACCUCAAGGGAAGCUCCGUGAUCCGCAUGUUGAGCGCUCACUUGGGGGAGAAGGUCUUCCUGCAAGGUGUAGCCGACUAUCUUAAGGCCCAUCAGUACUCGAACGCCACCACCAACGACUUGUGGUCGGCGCUUAGCAAGGCUUCUGGUCAGGAUGUAAACAGCUUCAUGGACUUGUGGGUGCGCAAGAUUGGUUUCCCUGUCGUUACUGUUGCCGAGGAGCCUGGCCAGAUUGGCCUGCGCCAAGAGCGCUUCCUUCUUUCUGGCGACGUGAAGCCUGAAGAGGAUCAGACUACAUGGUGGAUCCCACUUGGCCUGCACACUGGUUCCUCUGCCUCGGCUGCCUCGCUGCACAAGACCACAGCCCUGACUCAAAAGGAGGAGACCAUCAGGAACGUUGAAGAUGGGUUCUACCAAAUCAACAAGAACCUCACGGGCUUCUACAGGACUAAUUACCCAGCUGAUCGUCUCAAGAAGCUCGGAGAGGCUCGCUCACAGUUGACCGUCGAGGACAAGAUUGGCCUCGUUGGUGACGCUUAUGCCAACUCAGUCGCUGGCUUCGGAUCAACAGCCGGUCUCCUUGCCUUGGUAGAGCGUUUCUCAGAUGAGUCCGACUACCUGGUCUGGUCCCAGAUCCUCACCAACAUCGGCAACGUCCGAAGCGUCCUCUCUAACAGCGAAGAUGUCAGCGAAGGUCUGAGGAAAUACCACCUCAAGCUCAUCACCCCCGCCGUCGAGAAGGUCGGCUGGGAGUUCAAGGACGGCGAGAGCUUCCUCACGGGCCAGCUGCGCGCCAGCCUCCUCCUCUCCGCCGGCGUAGUCGGCCACCAAGCCACCGUCGACGAGUCCCUCAAGCGCUUCGACGCCUACGUCGCCGGCGACAAAUCCGCCAUCCACCCCUCGCUCCGCCGCGCCAUCUUCGCCACCGCCAUGCGCCAGCGCGGCGAAUCCGCCUUCCGCACCAUCCAGCAGGAAUACCUCUCCACCACCUCCAUCGACGGCAAGGAAAUCUGCCUCCAGUCCAUGGGCCGCGUCCAGUCCCCCGCCCUCGCAAAGGAGUACCUCGACUUCAUCUUCUCGGACAAAGUCGCCAUGCAGGACAAGCACUCCGGCACCAUUGCGCUCGCGAAUAACAGCAAGGUGCGCCCGGAGGUGUGGUAUUUCAUCCGUGAUAACUGGGAUAGCAAGGUGCAUCCGACGCUUAGUGGGAAUUUGGUCGUGCUGGAGCGCUUCUUGCGCUUUGGGCUGAAUAAGUUCGCGGAUGAGAAGGUUGCGGAUGACAUCAAGGCGUUCUUCAAGGGCAAGGACACUCGUGGGUAUGAUAAGGGGCUGGAGGUUAUUGAUGAUACGAUCCGCUCGUAUGCCAAGUAUGCGAAGAGGGAUGAGGCGGUGGUUAGGGAGUGGUUGGGCGCGAAUGGGUACUUGGGUUGA